GCAAAAAUACAACAUUUAUGUGCAAAUAAGGGUGUGGCCUACUUAAGGGGUGUGGUCUAAGGUGCCAGAGAGUCUGUGCCUACAUGCUCCUGAGGUUUGGUUAUAAGUUCUUCAUCAUGAACAUUUUGUGCCUUUAAUACUUCUGGGGACCUUAUUUUCAGAUCAAACCUACAAGCUCUCAACCAUAGGAUGGGUAGCACCACUAUCCUCCCUCGUGGUGGUGCCAUAGCCAUGGGGGUAGCACGUGCCAUUCGUCGAUUCAGCACAGAAAUUCCUGACCCCCUCCGUGAGGAAGAGGAAUCAGAACUGACUCAGGGUAUCAGGCCGACUGCCUAUCGUAAUGGAAAAGUACACACUAGGCCUGUCCGCCAGCGCAGCCGCUUUGUACAGAAAGAUGGCCAUUGCAAUGUAGAGUUUAUCAAUCUCAGUGAGAAGAGCCAACGUUACUUGACUGAUCUUUUUACCACAUGUGUAGACAUUCGCUGGAGGUGGAUGUUUCUCAUAUUUUCCUUUACUUUUGUAGUUUCUUGGCUCAUUUUUGGUUUCUCUUUUUGGCUUAUUGCCUCAAUGCAUGGGGACUUGGCUCCACCACCUGAACCUGGCUCAGAGGAGACCCCUCCCCCUCCAUGCUUUUUACAAGUCACCAGCUUUAUGGCAGCCUUCCUUUUCUCCUUAGAAACUCAAACUUCCAUUGGUUAUGGAUUUCGAAGUGUUACAGAGGAAUGUCCAUUGGCAGUAUUGACGGUAGUACUGCAGUGCAUAGUGGGGUGCAUUAUUGAUGCCUUCAUUAUUGGAGCCAUCAUGGCAAAAAUUGCCAAACCUAAAAAGAGAAAUGAAACUCUUGUGUUCACAGAAAAUGCUGUAAUUGCUCAAAGAGACGGCAAAAUGUGUCUCAUGUGGAGAGUUGCAAAUCUUCGGAAAAGCCACUUAGUAGAAGCACACGUACGAGCACAGUUCCUGCAGCCUAGAGUCACCCCAGAAGGAGAAUACCUUCCACUGGACCAUACAGAUAUCAAUGUUGGAUUUGACAAUGGUACAGACAGAAUAUUUUUGGUAUCUCCAGUUACCAUUGUUCACGAGAUUGAUGAAGACAGUCCUCUGUAUGAGUAUGGCAAGGCAGAUUUGGACACAGCUAACUUUGAGUUGGUAGUCAUCCUAGAAGGCAUGGUGGAGGCUACUGCAAUGACUACACAGUGUCGUAGUUCUUAUGUUCCCUCUGAGAUUCUAUGGGGUAGCAGGUUUGAACCAGUUCUAUUUGAGAAACGUAAUCACUAUGAGGUGGACUACCUACACUUUCAUCGCACAUAUGAGGUUCCAAACACGCCCAUAUGCAGCGCCAAAGAGCUUUCUGAAAGAAAAUAUUCAGUGGUGGCUCGUAGUUCAUUCUGCUACGAGAACGAAGUGGCCCUUAACUGCAUCUGUGAUGAGGGGCCUCCUGCCCUAGUGGACACUAAACCAUUAAAUCCUGAAAUUUCACUUGAGUUAGACAUGCUUAGGGUUGUGGAUCCCUUAGAAGAAAUAUUACUAUCAUGA